AUGCCUCAUGGUACUUGUUUUGAACUUCCUUCAAGCUGGUAUCUGUGUCAAUUCCGGUCUAUCUUUCUUGUGAAUGUAAAGUCUUGUCUUCAUACUUACCGCUCAGCUCAAGGCUCCAAACAAUUCAUCAUACACUAUCCUGAAAACCUUUUUUAUUAUGUGUUUCACCAAGAACCAGGGUUUAAAUACCAGGUGACUCAACAAAAUGAAAAAACAACAAAGACAGAAAGUAAGGUUAGAGUAAUGACCGAAAAAAAGGAUCUUGAAACACAACAAAUGCUUGAAACUGAGCUU